GCCCGUUGCUUGUGACCGAUUUCCUCCCCCCAAAUACUCGCCGUCUCGUUACUCCCCCCCGUACCUGGCAUCUGUCCUUCCUUACCCACCCGCCGACCCAAAAUAUUAUCCAUUGCCCCGCGUCGCAUUCCUCAAGCGAGGCCACUCGCAGCAUCCCUCGCCUGGUCAAUUGAUCCCAGCGCCCGACCGCCGUCAAAUCGCAGUCGCAUCGCACCGCACCGCCGAUCGCCCAGCCUAACCCAGCCUUGGACCCGAGCUCUGAUGUCCGGCAAAAGCUUCAUGUGAUUGAUACUGUGCGCACAGCACCGGCCCAGAUCCAGUCAACCGAGGCGACGACCCAAACCCACCACACAACAGCCCCGAAUCCCGCCUCCCGGCCCGAUUGUGCCGUGCGAGUGGCCAUGGACCCGGAAAAGAAGGAGAUCAAGCAGGUCACAGAAGAUGACGUCGAGGCCUUGCAGAGCAUCUUGCGCUCCGACGCCGCCAUCGGGGAAAAAGUCAAGCGGGUUGAUGCCGUCAAGUCCAGCAUCAAGAAACACAAUCUCGAUGUCCCCGAUCCCUGCAUCACACAGCUCUUCGAGGCCUUUCGCGUCGCCUCGCUGAACCAGCACAGCGCCCUGGCCAAAUCGGGGCUCUCGGCGCUCAAGCACUACCACACGCGCCUGUACCUACAGUACCUACAGAAGCUUCAGGACCCCAGCCUGGCUCACGCCAUUAGGGACGAGAUGAAAACAACCUUGCCGCUUCUUGUUGACAGGAUGGGCGACCAGAAGAAAGAUGUCCGUGCUCCCGCGGUGCAGGCGCUCGUUACCAUGCACAAGGUCUUGCCAGCCGAUGUCGAGUCCCAUGUUCGGGAUAUCGCAAUGGCAGGUAAGAACUCCAGGGCGAAGGAGGCCAGUAUGCAGUGGCUCGUACAAAUGCACCAAGAACAGGGCCUCAAGUUCAAAGCCUACGUCCCCUACUUCGUGCCGCUGCUGGAGGAUGCAGACUCUGAAGUUCGCGCCGCCGCCAAGACUACGGUCAUCGAGCUCUACAAGAAUGCUCCAGGAGGGGCCAGGUCGGAAUUAUUCAAGCUUUUUGGGAGGCUCGGAGUCCGCGCAGCCAUCAAGAAAGCCAUAGAGAAUGAGCUGGCCCCGGGGUCCGCUACCCCCGCGCCCGAUGAGAAUGCACCAGCAGCUGUACCCAGGCCCGCCUCCCGUCCUGGCCUGUCAGCCAGUGUUUCUUCCGUUGCCACUUUCAGCGAACGGCCGAUCACACCCAUGCCUGAUACGAGGACGGAGAAAGCCAGUCCAUCAUACCUCAACACAACGAGAGAAAUCGAUGAACAUUUUACUAAGAUGCACACGUUUUUCGAGGGUAAUGAGUCAGACAAAAACUGGCAGGAUCGGGAGGAGAGUAUGACAAAGCUCCGCAGUUUGAUGGCUGGCAAUGCCGUGUCAGACUUCUACGGCCCGUUUUUAGAAGGCUUAAAGGGCCUUCUCCAUGGCAUAAUCAAAGCUAUCGUCUCCCUCAGGACGAGUUUGUCAAAAGAAGGUUGCGCUGUGGUCCAAGAUAUCGCGUUCAACUAUGGAACUGACAUGGAUCCAAUGGUGGAACUGCUGAUGCAGACAUUCGUCAAGCUCUCUGGGUCGACGAAGAAUAUCGCCUCGCAAGAAGCGAAUGUUUGUAUUAACACCAUCAUCGGAAGAUCAGCAUACACGAAAGGAAUCAUGGCACACGUCACGAAAGCUUGCAAGGAACCGAAUGACAAGCGUAGGCUGUACGCGGCCGAGUGGCUAAAAGCGCUUCUGAAGAAUCAGUCGCACCACAGGAGCCACCUCGAACAAAAUGUCGGAUUGGAUUCGAUAGAGGCUCUGAUAAAGAAGGGUCUAGGUGACGCCAAACCUGAGGUCAGAAGUAAGAUGAGGGCCACCUUCUGGACAUUCCACGGCAUAUGGCCCGCAAGGGGAGAAGCGCUUAUGGAUUCAUUUGAUGACACCAUACAGAAGUCGCUAUUAAAGGACCCGCAUAAUCCUGAUCCACCAAAGGCAGAACCUGUGGCACGACCAGGCCUAGGCUUUUCACGUAGCACGAUGGGAAGAGCAACAAAGCCCACACUCCGGGAGACCGUGAUGGAAAAUAAAAAGGCCCUGGCAGCGCAAAAGCUUCCGGUCAGGCCUGGAUCAGCCAUGGCAGCGAAAAAACCCCCAUCCAGGCCUGGAUCAGCCAUGGCACACUUCUCGCCCCCUCGACCGACUCGGGCUGUCUCUGGCUCGUCAACCACUCCAGCAAGCACCGCUGCUCCCUCCACAGCAACUCGGCAAAAGCCAACGACCAGUGGAGGACUCUCGGUAGCUCCCGUCAGGCCGACAAGGAAGCGACCAGAAAUGGCACCGCGCCCAGCGACUGCGGGUCCAUACUCUGUUCGGGGCCGUACUGACACUGAGAUGAGCCCCCCGCCGAAGCCGAAGCCACUGACGCCCAAGACCAUGGUUACAACACCCAAGCGUACAUUGGCAAAGUCGAGACCAGCCCACAAGCCUACCGCGAGUGAAUCCAGCAUUCCAACCCCAACGAGGCUAACGCAUGCGAAAUCUUCGCCUGUAUCAAGCCCAACAAAGAGCCCCACCAGACAAAUAUUACACCCUGGACCACUCCUCGGCAGUCCCCAGCCCGAGGACAGCCUCUCACUCAUAACGCCGGCCACCCCGAUAAUGCCAGCGGCGAACACGCCAGCCCUUGCAUCUCCUGAUCUCGUUGCUCCUGAACUCGCAGCGGCGGUGCCUGACCAGUCAGGAAGCCCGGUCGGAACGCCCUCAAGAGCUCUGCGGGUGUACGAAGACCCCUUGACAGCAGAACAAUCAACUCCUCAUUUGACCCCGCCGGCAGUACUGGAAGAAAAGCCCGUCAACGAGGAUGCAGCCAACUUGAUGGCACGGCAGAACGGCGACGGACCCGAUGAACCCGAUGUCUCGGACAAGGCAAAGCAACAUGCUCGGCUUAUCGAGAGCGCACUGGCCAAGAUCAAGGCGAAGACACUCGACGUACACGGAUUUCGCAAGCUUCAGAGCAUUCUUCGCGACAACAAAGCUCCCCUAUCAGACGACAAAUUCGAGGCACUGCUCAUCAGCCUCUUCGACUACCUCGAGGACCCACAGUCCAGUCUCGCCCCGGGGAAGGUACAAGACGUCAAGGCUCAGAACCUAGCGACGGUCAAGCUCCUGCUCAAGAAGUACCGCGACCACUUCCAGCCGCACAUCUCCAAGGGCCUGGAGUCGCUGAUGUCGGCGCGCGCGGUGUACGACGCCCGGACGCACAUCGUCUCCGGGAUGGAGCUCCUGGCGGACGAGCUGGUAUCCCUGGGCGACGCGCAGGAGAUUGCGACGGUGCUGACGCGGCGGAUGACGGACAUGGCGCUGGACAGCGCCGCGGGCCGGCGAUCGCUGAGCAUGGGCCUGCACGUGCUCAAGGAGAUGGUGGACGCCAAGGCCGAGUACGUGCCCACGGACCAGGAGCUGGGCAGCAUGGCGGAGCUGUGCCUGCGGUGCCUGGAGAGCACCGAGUCCGGGGUCCGCAUGGACGCGGUGCAGCUGUGCGUGGCUCUGCAGGGGCGCGUCGGCGAUGCGCGGUUCUGGGACGUCAUGAAGGACGUCAAGGAUGACCCCAAGAGCCUGAUCACGUACUACAUCGUCAAGAGGCAGAGGGAGCAGGAGGCGGCCAGCGGCGUGGCCUAGGUCGUCCGCCAGGCUCGCACUUGGUUGAGGCGAAGCUGGUUUCGCUAGCCGUGCGUUCCAUGCCCGGGUGGAGUGAGGUUAAACAGUGGGAACAGUGGUCAG